AUGGCCGCGAGGUCUCAAACCCCGCCCGCCGUCAGAGCCACCACCUCAAAGCAGUUCCUCGCGCUCGCCGGAUAUAUCUUGGGACGCGAAAUCGGCCAGGGCACCUACUCAAAAGUCAGGAUUGGAGUUAAGGGCGACCAGCGCUAUGCGGUCAAAAUCAUUCCCCGGCAUUUAGCACCUCGGGAAUACGUGCACCACUUCCUCCCUCGAGAGCUGGCCAUCAUUCCCAAGCUGAAGCACCCAAACAUCGUGCGCGUCUUCGAUGUGCUCGAGAUCAAGCGCAAGGUCUUCAUCGUCAUGGAGCUGGCCACACAGGGCGACCUGCUGCUCAAGAUCACCAACGACGGCCGCUUCUCCGAGAGCAAGGCGUUCCACUACUUCGAACAGAUCUGCGACGCGGUCGCCUACCUGCACAAGCAGGACAUCGUGCACCGGGACCUCAAGUGCGAGAACAUCCUGCUCAGCCCUAAGCGACAGGUCAAGCUGGCAGACUUCUCGUUCGCACGAUACACCCCGCCCGAGGUGAUCCAGAACAUACCGUACCGGCCCAAGCGCUACGACUCGUGGAGCCUCGGGGUCAUCCUGUACAUCAUGGUGUGCGGUCAGCUGCCCUUCGACGACACCAACCCGUUCCAGCAGGUGCGCGCGCAGAUGAGCCGCCAGAUCAGCUUUCCGGCCUCCUACGGCCUCACCAAGAUGGUCCGCAACCUCAUUAGGCACCUGCUCGAGCCGUACGUGCUGUACCGCUGCUCGGUGCCCCGCGCCAUGAGGCACCCCUGGAUGCGCAAGGAGAGGAUCAAACGAAAGCUAAAGUACAUGAAAGACAGCAAAUUGAGCGAGCUCAAGGGCAAGGACAGCGACGGGAGUAGCGCCAGUCUCCGGGGAGCGCAGUCCGAUGUCAGUAUGAUGCCGUCCGGAUCACCAGCACCGGGAGUGAUGCGCUCCAUGUCCGCGUCGGCGUUUCCGCAAUAUAGGCAGCAGGGUGACUUCGGCGGCGGCAGGCGCAGUCCCCGGCGCAGGCGCAGCUCCGGUAUGGGCCGCUACGGUGACGACGAGGCCGGCUUCUACAGCAAAACGAUGCUGGCGAGCCAGACGGACCAGGGCCCCAUCGGCUGGGGACAGCCGGGCAUGUCGUACUCGCCAAACCCGAUAUUCCAGCAGCCCAUGCGCCAAGGCCACUACGUCGUGAACACGCGCGUGGCCUCGCCCCAGAUGGGCGCUGGCUAUCCGGGAAUGUACGGAGGCAUGGUGAGCCCUGCGGGGCCCGGAUACAUGUCGCCCAUGGCUGGUCCCGGUUGCAUGUACUCCAUGCAGCCCGGCAUGAUGGGCAUGCCGCCUCAAAGACGGCCCUCGCGUGGCAACCUGAACGUUAACUUGGUGACGCCCAUGAGCGAAAUAUCGGUGUCAAGCAGCUCGUCUGCGGGGUCGUACAUUGGCUGA